ACUUUUUGUUUUCUUUUGACCGUUCCACUUUAUUUACUUAUUAUUAAAUUCAAAUUUUAUCACUUCAUUUCAUUUUCUUCCUUCUCCUAUCACCAUUAAUUCCCUCUUCUAGCAGUUCCACCUUUAUGAAACCCAGACUUUGAAAUAGAAACCAAAAACAUCAUUCAUUAUUAUUAUACAAAAUUUAGAGAUAGUUGAAUACUAUAAUUUUUCUGAAAUAGCAAUCCAAAAUUAUGGAAGAUUACACAGUUACAUUUUGUGACUAUAUCAACAACACUUUCACAGGCUUUCUUUUGAAAACAAUUGAACAGAAAGACUUCAAAACCAUCGAAGCCUAUCCACCAUAGAGCACCUCCAACUUCUUCCUCUAAUCACCACCACCACCCACAUGGCGUACCUUAUUGGAUUAUACAUCUUUUGUUCAUACUGGUAUUCUUGAUUUGUAUAUGUAUAAUGUAUUUCUGUUAGCUUAGGUGGCAGGCUUAGAUUGGUUACUACUUGUGAAUAUAUAGCACCAUUGUAUCUUCUUCUCAAAUCAAUCAAUGUAACAGUAUUUUUCAUACUUCUUCUUCUUCUUCUUUACAUUCUGCUGCACACUUUAUGUGCAUUCUUCAGCUUUUCUAUAUGGGAUCCUCCGUUAUCAACAUGGUAUCAGAGCAUACAAUGCUCUGGUAGCCAUUGCUUUCCUUUUUGUUUCUUGUUCUUCGCGUUUCUUUUCAUCUCUGUUCGCGUUUCUUUAGCUGCUUCAAACAAUGUCUGAAUCACAAACUCCAUCCACUACACAUGAGGAUCAACCAGAGUCAGAAGUGGUGGAGUCUCAAAGUCCAUCCACAGCAUAUGAGGAGGAAGAGAUUCAAGAAGGAGAAGCACCGGCCGCACCAUCUCCGCAUCCUGUUGCAGAGCAGCUACCUAAUGUAGCCUACUGCGUUCUAUCAUCACCUCCGUGGGGUGAGGCCAUAGCGCUCGGUUUUCAGCAUUAUCUGGUGAUGUUAGGCCAGACGGUUCUCAUACCAUCCAUACUAGUUCCUCAAAUGGGAGGAGGAGAUAAAGAAAAAACUAUGGUUAUUCAGAGCUUGUUGUUUGUCACGGGAACAAACACACUGGUACAUAGCUUUUUCGGUACUCGUCUACCGGUUGUGAUCGGUGCUUCACAUGUAUAUGUGCCGACCACCCUGUCAGUGGUUCUAGCGGGUAGAUACCACGAUAUUGUGGAUCCUACUGAGAGAUUUUUAAGGAUCAUGCGUGCAACGCAGGGUGCACUUAUGUUUGCAUCAUCCUUACAAAUCAUUCUUGGAUUCACGGGUGGUUGGCGAUAUGUAGUGAGGUUCUUGAGCCCUCUCUCAGCUGUUCCGUUAGUCGCGCUAUCAGGUUUUGGACUGCAGCGAUUUGGUUUUCCUAUGCUUGCACGAUGUGUCGAGAUUGGACUACCUGAGCUUAUAGUUUUAUUGAUAUUUACACAGUACCUUCCUCAUGUGAGGAGGGGGGACCGACGUAUUUUAGUCCUGGAUCGCUAUGCGGUCAUAUUCUCGACCGUAGUCGUAUGGACAUUUGCAUACAUUCUCACCGUCGCUGGAGCUUACAAGAAAUCACAUACAUGUAGGACUGACCGUGCUGGACUCAUUGAUGGGGCAUCUUGGUUUUCUAUUCCCUACCCAUUUCAAUGGGGAAGUCCUACACUUGAUAUGGGAGAGUCAUUGGCUAUGAUGGUUGCUUCCUUUGUAGCAUUAGUAGAGUCUACCGGUGGCUUAAUCGCCAUAUCGAGAUAUGCUAGUGCUACUCCGUUGCCACCUUCAGUACUUAGCCGCGGCAUUGGUUGGCAGGGGGUAGGGAAUUUCAUAUCAGGGAUGAUAGGGACUGGGAGUGGAGUAUCGGCCUCUAUAGAAAAUGCAGGAUUGCUGGCUAUGACACGAGUUGGUAGCCGGAGAGUUGUCCAAAUAUCAGCUGGAUUUAUGAUAUUUUUCUCCAUUUUCGGAAAGUUUGGAGCUUUAUUUGCUUCUAUCCCAGCUUCUAUAGUUGCAGCAGUGUACUGUAUUUUAUUUGCUUAUGUGGGUUCAGGAGGCCUCGGUUUGCUUCAGUUUUGCAAUUUGAACAGCUUCAGAGGGAAGUUUAUCCUUGGGUUCUCGAUAUUUAUGGGACUUUCCAUACCGCAGUAUUUUGUGGAGUAUGGUCCUGUGCGUACCCACGCAAGAUGGUUUAACGAUGUGGUCAGCGUUCCGUUUUCAUCUGGAGUGUUUGUGGCUGGUCUAUUGGCGGUACUUUUGGACUCGAUUUUGAUGAGGAGGAGUGAUAGACAUAUUCAUACCGAUCGAGGUAUGCACUGGUGGGAUAGAUUCACCUCGAUGAGAGCUGACAGAAGGAGUACAGAGUUUUAUUCUCAUGCAGUAUAAUUGGAGCAGUGCUGGAGUAGAAAAUACCUUUGCUUGGUGAUGAUUUGAGAUAUUUGAGAAUGAUGAGUGCUGGAGUAGAAAAUACCUUUGCUUGGUGAUGGUUUGAGAUAUUUGAGAAUGACGAGUGCUGGAGUAGAAAAUACCUUUGCUUGGUGAUGAUUUGAGAUAUUUGAGAAUGGUGAGUGCUGGAGUAGAAAAUACCUUUGCUUGGUGAUGAUUUGAGAUAUUUGAGAAUGGUGAGUGCUGGAGUAGAAAAUACCUUUGCUUGGUGAUGAUUUGAGAUAUUUGAGAAUGGUGGUUGCUGCAUUGAAAUGAGGGAUCAAUAGUUUGGAUAUGAACUGACUUAAGUGUUGCACAUAAUAAGAAAUGUUAGGUCUAGUGUGAGUGAGAUAUAGGAGUCUUUUAUCUCAGUUGACAUAAAAGACUUGGGUACUAAAGAUAGGUGAUGAGGGAGAGAUACCACAUUUUCAUUAUUGUUGGCCUAAGCUGUAUAUAAUGUAGGACUUUUAACUCACUUGUAUCAAGAGUAUAUUUAUGCAUGUGUAUAUGUAUUCAGAUAUUUGUGGUCAAUCCUCACGACCUGUUUCCUUUUCA